GCCGACAGGAUCAAGUCCCUGCCGGGGCAGCCGCCGCGCGUCAACUUCGAGCAGUUCUCCGGCUAUGUGACGGUGGACGAAGAGCACGGCCGCGCGCUCUUCUACUACUUCGUCGAGUCCCCCUACGACGCCGCCUCCAAACCCCUCGUCCUCUGGCUCAACGGAGGUAUGCAUGCAUGCAUGCAUUUUCCUUUUGGCGUUCGGCCAGGGUGCUCGUCGCUGGGAGCCGGCGCGAUGGCGGAGCUCGGUCCGUUCCGUGUCAACCCCGACGGCAAGACCCUGAGCAGGAACAGGCAUUCGUGGAACAACGUGGCCAACGUCAUCUUCCUUGAGUCGCCGGCCGGAGUCGGGUUCUCCUACUCCAACACGUCGUCGGACUACGACAAGAGUGGUGACAAGAGGACGGCAAUGGACUCGUACAACUUCAUACUCAACUGGCUCGAGCGGUUCCCCGAGUACAAGGGCCGGGACUUCUACAUCGCCGGUGAGAGCUACGCCGGCCACUACAUCCCGGAGCUGGCCGCCGUCAUCGUGGCCGUCCGCGAACUCACCGGAAAGAACCCGACGAACCUCAAGGGGAUCUUCGUUGGCAACCCGUAUCUUGAUUAUUACAAGAACGACAAGGGCUCUCUCGAGUUCUUGUGGAACCAUGGGGUGAUGUCCGACGAGAUGUGGGCCAACAUUACCGAGCACUGCAGCUUCGGACCGUCCGAUGGCACUUGUUGCGAGGAGGCCAGGUCACCGUUCAACUUCGGGAAGAACUUCAUAAAUACCGCCGGUAACAUCGACCAGUACAACAUUUAUGCUCCAAUUUGCAUCCAGGCGCCCAACGGGACGAGCUACUCCAGUAGCUAUUUAUCUGGCUACGAUCCGUGCAUAGGCAACUACGUCGAGGUCUACUUGAAUUCCCCUGAGGUGCAGAAGGCAAUCCAUGCUCGGCUCAAUACCGACUGGUCAAUCUGUGCGGGAUUACCUUGGAAUGACGCCCCGUUAACAAUGGUGCCAACGCUCUCAUGGCUUAUCGACACCGGAUUAAGAGUUUGGGUGUACAGUGGCGAUAUGGAUGACAAGUGCCCAAUUACUGCAACGAGGUACUCCAUCAAGGACCUCGAUCUUGCCGUCACAAAGCCAUGGCGCCCGUGGUACACUCCUGCCAAUGAGGUUGGAGGCUACAUUCAACAAUACGAGGGAGGAUUCACGUUUGCCUCCGUGAGGGGAUCUGGUCACCUGGUGCCAAGUUUUCAGCCUAAGAGAUCACUGGUUCUCUUCUACUCCUUCCUCAAAGGCGUGCUUCCACCUGCGGUUUCAUUGUGGCGUCCGUGA